AUGAGAUCUCCAGUACAAGGACGACCAUUGAUAUUGUACACGGCUUCCAGUGAUGUUGCUAUUGGGGCACUGCUAGCUCAAGAAGAUGAAGAAGGAGUUGAACAUCCAAUCUACUAUUACAGCCGAACCAUGAAAGAUGCUCAACUCAGAUACCCGAAAGCUGAAAGAACGUGCUUGAUGUCAGAGUUCGACAUAGUAUGUGUUUCUCCCAAAGCAAUCAAAGGUCAAGCAGUAGCAGAUCUACUGGCUUCCUUUCAAGGGGAAGAUUCCACGACACUACAGGACAAUGUACCAGGUGAAUUUCCAGAAAUUUCAGUCGUCAAGGAAGAAACGUCGUUGUUGUACUUUGAUGGAUCUGCUACUCCUAGCAACGAUACUGGAGGAGCGGGAAUAGUCUUGGUCUCUCCAUCUGGUGAAGUAUUCUCACAUUCAUUUAAGAUGGAUUUCCACUGUACAAAUAACUCAGCAGAAUACGAAGCCUUCUUGCUAGGAUUAUCCUUAGCUAAACAGGCAGGAGCGAUGCAUCUGGAGAUCAUAGGAGAUUCAAAACUGCUGGUCAAUCAAAUGAAUAGGAUAUACUCUCUCAAGGAGAUAACGCUUGCUCCAUUCAGGGAUGAAGCGCAGCGACUCCUAACUCAUUUCGCUGAUGCAACUAUCACUCACACUGGCCAGACCGACAAUAGACAUGUUGAUUGCUUGGCAACCCUCGCCUCCAAGUUGCAAUUCGAAGGGUCAUAG